AUGGGCAAUGAUGGCGGAUCCAUAUCGAAGCGCGACGAGAUGGUGCGUACCAAAGCGUCGAUGCAAAAGGUCGAUGCUUCGCUACUGCGACAAUCGCUCUGGACCGUCUGUCGUCUGUCUCGCGAGCCUUUGCAGGCCCCUGUUGUAUCCGACGCCCUGGGGAGGCUGUACAACAAGGAUGCCGUGAUCCAACACCUUCUCCAGCGCCAUCAAUCCGAGCCCACCACCGAUCCCAUUCCACACAUCCGCGGGCUGCGCGAUACCACCGACCUCAAGCUCACAACCAAUACGCUCUACCGCCCUGCUUCGGCGGGGCAGAGCGAGCAACACUCGGUGUAUCCGUUCAUGUGCCCGCUCUCGGCGCGUCAGAUGGAUGGCAUGCAUCGCUUCGUCUACAUCGCCCCGUGCGGCUGUGUCAUGUCUGCAUCGGGCCUGCAGGCUACCCUGACAGAUGCGCGCGGAGAAGUGCACCCCUGCCCAGUGUGCGCAAAGCACUUCCACGCCGCCCUGACCAAAGGCGCGAAAGCGGUGCAAGGGUCGGACGUGGUCACGAUCAACCCCGACAAGGACGAGGAGGACAGGUUGCGAGAGAAGAUGGAAUCAAGAGCACAGCACAAGAAGAAGAAGGCGCGCACAGCCGAUCAGGAAGAUGGCAAGGAUACAGAGCAAGAGGCCAAGAAACGUCGCAAGGCGGAGAAGAAGGACGAAACACGAAAGCGGAUUGCGCAGCUCACCGCCGAACUCGCCGCGGAAAAGGCGUAA